AUGAAUACAUCUUAUCACAAAAUUACUUCUUAUGCUGGAUAUUUAAUUUCUUCACCAACAGGAACAGGAAUUAUGAAUUUCACAACAGCUUCGAAUUCGUCAUCUACAAAAUAUGCUGUAAUUUCCAAUACAGGUAAUUUUAAAAUUACAAAAUGCAAUUAUUUAAACAAUGAAUUUAGAGCAAGUAAUUGGGCAAUAAUUUUUUGUUCUACUUCAAUUAGAUAUUCAAAUUGUUCAUUCAUAGGAAACAAAGGAAACUAUUUAUUUUAUGAAAAACCAAUUAUUGAUAAUUGUUACUUUGAUGAAAACAAUUUCACUCAAACUGUAAAUGAUGAUCCAGUUACUUUUGAAUCAAUUCAACCAUUUGAUUUCCAUAUAUCUCAUUAUUCAACAUAUUUUUGUUCUGCUAAAAAAUUAGAAUUAAAUAAAAGUAAAUCAUAUAAAAAAUAUGAAGAAGAUGAAUUAGAUCUUGAAGAUAUCAAAUGUAUUAUUAAUAAUGUUUAUAAAACUUCAUUUGUUGAAGCAGUAAAUUUAUCUUCAUCAACAGAAUAA